AUGGCUCUCCUGUCACGACUGGCCCAGACACCGGCUGGUUCCAGGGAACUCCUCGCCGCCAACUGCAUCAGCUACAUCGCACAGUGCCGCUUCAUUGACCUUCGACCCGAUCACCACGACAAACACACAUCUGGUCUGCACGGCAACGUAUUUGACCCCAGUGGGACUGGGUUCGUCCCUUCCGUCGGCGAUCGUUAUCGGCAGCUGCUUCUUCCUCUGUUGAAACUACUGCUGACCAUGUUGACGUGUCCCGGUGCCCAGAGGUCAGAGGUCAAAUCUCAGGUGACGUCCCUAAUUGGAGCCCACUCUGACACGUUUACGUCGAUACUCAAGAGUCACCGAGGCCCGGUUUCCGUGGCAACCCUGGAGGAGUUGUCCUUGGUGACUGGGGUAAUUGGUCACUCUGGAGUAGGGCAGGACUGGAGUACCCAGGACUCCACUGCGCUGGGGUCGGGGAUGGUGCACAUCCAGAGAUUGAUGCUGGCUCUUAUCUCGCACUACUGCAACUCACAGAUGUGGUCAGGAUUGGUGGCAGAGGCUCUGCGAGGAGAAGCAGAGGGAACAGACGUGAACCCUGACCCCUUGGUCACCUUGGAAACGAAGCUAAAAGUCCUCCAGAUAUGUGCCAACAUCGUUGACUACUGCCGCGUUGCCAUGACAAUGGGAGGAAAGGAGUUUUCCUCUCCGUACUGUCGUAUUAUCUUCUCUCCUGAAUUGAUGACAUCACUGUCGACCAAUCAGAGUAGAGACGGACCUCGUGCCUUCCACACCUCCUCCUCCUCCUCACCCCUCACUCCCUCACAGUCACAGUCACUCGGACACCUCAUCAAACAACUUAGAGAAGUAUCCGACGGUUACCAGGUGACCCUGGAGAGUUCUCGACAGAUCCAGAGGAAGAUCAGUCAGCCUUCUUCUCUCUCCCAAGACGAAGUCUUACAGCUGGUGUCUCUGGCAGCCAGCUCUCUCCCUCUCUCUCACCAGCAGUCUCUCGCCAGAAGGAAACUGAAGAAGAUGCUCUCACUCACCAAGAAAGAGAUGGACCUCCAUGCCUAUAUUACCGAAAACCUACUCUACGUGCUGUGGAGGCAUCUACAGUUCUAUUUAAUGCACUGCAAGCCAGUGGGCUGGGGCCAGAGGCAUGGGAGUGGGCGGAGCUUCCUUCACCCGACCUACCAUGAGAAGAAUAGAUGGUUCGUUCACAAACCUGCUAAGGUGACUGCCAUGGAAACGACCUUUGACCUGUCGUCUCUGAGCGAGGGCGUAAGUCCGGGAGAUCUGGAAUCACUGAAGAUGUCCAUUGGUCGAUGUCUCCCAAGUUCUCUCUUCCAACAGCUUCUCGAUGUUGAAGAGGGGCAGGAGGCAGGGAGGCGAGGUCAGGUCAGCUUCAUUCAGGCACUCGUACACAGGAUACGGAAACUCGUCAAACUACGAGCUGCCCCGCCCACUGCCACACCCGCUCUAGUCACAUGACCUCCUAGCAACCAAACUUCUUACUGUUUAUUCUCCUAACAAAUUAAUUAUUGCUUUGAAAAAUUGACCCUAAUACUCAGUACCACACUCGGCAAUGCAUGCAAUAUUUUUUAUAUAACUAUUCGAAUGCACCAGUUUUAUUGGCCAUUAGCACAGAUAUUAUAUUAUACACAAAUCAAUAUCUUGAUUGGUGCACGAAAAUGCUAAACCUCCUAGACGAAAGUCUGUGAUAAAUAGACAAACACUAGUCCAUAAAGUGACGCGAUGGAUUCACUCCGUACAGCCCAGUCCUUAUCUCUGGCAUCAUCUAAUCAAACGAAACGAGAUUCAAAAGAUAACAGCAUUGAUACACUAAACAUCAUAACAAGUAAACG